GGCGGCGUACAGACUUGCCUGGCGAGGCAAGACGAUGUGCACGAACGCUGAUCGAUUCGCGUCUUUCUCGCCGCUAGUCCCCACCUUUCGAGGUCCCGGCGGUCUGUGGCGAUCGCACGACCCAUUGAGCCUCGCAACACCUGCAGCCUUCCAAUCAGACCCAUCUCAAGUCUGGCAAUUCUAUCACUGGCGUAGACAGGCCUGCCUCUCCGCGAAGCCAAACGCCGCGCACGAGGCCAUCAGCUGGCUCUCCUCCAAGCAAGGGCACGAGGCUACCUUUCCCGCAGCGUCAUCGCCGUCGCGCCGCUUUCGUCUCGUGACGCAAAAUGUCGAUGGCCUGUCCAAGCGUGCGAACGAUGCGCUGAGCAAGAGCAUCGACUCAGGUGGGGCCCCGCUCGACCCGCUCGAGAUGCAUGGCUCCCUCUUUCGCACGAUGUGUACCUCCUGCGGCGACCAGCAGUGGAACUUUGAUUCGCCAAUCUGUGACAGCUUGCGUGGUACGGAGGACACCUCGAAGCCACUUGCACGCCUCUCCCUCGACAAGCUACCGCGCUGCAAGAGUGCGAGGUGCAACGAUGCGGUGGACGGAGGCGGGCUUCUGCGCCCAGGCGUAGUCUGGUUCGGCGAGUCGAUCCCGCUGCUGGACACAAUCGCUCCACUGGUGGAACGCUGCGAUCUGCUCCUCGUCUUGGGAACUUCGAGCACAGUCUACCCUGCGGCAGGAUUUGCGGCACAGGUCAGGGCGAGGGGAGGGAAAGUGGCGGUGUUCAAUCUCGACGGAGGAGAGGAAACUGGAUCGGGUGAGGCUGACUUCUUCUUUCAAGGGCCAGUCGAAGAGACAUUGCCUACUGCCUUGGGUCUCGCAAGCCCGUCGUCCGCGGCAAGAGCGUAGUCAUCGUCAUCGUCUCGCCACUGUAUCAUAGCCUGUAUCGCAGCAUGUAUCGCUUUCAUUCCUGAUCUCGCCUUGCUUCCACUGCUUGCGCCCGCUCAGCCGAGACGCAACCCCAACGCCAGACCCGCCAACAGCGAUGCCCUCUCCUGGAAGUUGGCAGUCAAAAAGUCCACGAAGCGAUGGUAGAUCCUCGCACCCAUCGAUCCGCUCCACCCCUUUGCCUUGGGGUCCGCAGGCCCGCCAGCGCUCGACUCGAGCACGUUGCUGUAUCGCUGACCGAGCUUUAACCAGUCGACAGACACGACGCGCUGCGAUGAGAGAUACUGCAGGAAGACGAAGCCGCCGCCCAGAAGGAAGGCGAUGAGCUUCAGGCCCUUCUUGAUGAAGACGCCGGCGCAGAUGCCGCUGCAGUAGAGAGGGAGGAGAGGGGCAUCAGUCGCGGGUCCGAAGCCGCGCAU